GAGAACUGCGAGAGCUCAGCAGCUGAGCGACAGAAGGGGAGGGAGCUGUGCACACAGAGAGAGAGAGAGAGAGAGAGAGAGAGAGAGAGAGAGAGAGAGAGAGAGAGAGAGAGAGAGAGAGAGAGAGAGAGAGAGAGAGAGAGAGAGAGAGAGAGAGAGAGAGAGAGAGAGGGGAGCGAGAGAUAGGACUGGAGAAGAGAACUGUUUCCUACGGCUCUGCAGCUUCUGACAAGCCGGCCAGAGAACAGGAUGUUAAUGCUUGAUGGAAUGCCUGCAGUCCGAGUCAAAGCCGAGCCCCUGGAAUCGGAACAAGGGUCCCCCAAAGUACACCGCUACCCCACGAUGGACGCUGUCCCCCUCCUCCUGAGCAAAGUCAAAUCUGAACCUCCUGAGGACCUGCUCUCCCAUGACCCCCAUUUCCAGACGCAGACCGAGCCUGUCGACCUGUCAAUCAACAAACCACGCCCCUCCCCCCCAUCAAUCACCUCCACCGCUUCUCCUGUUACUUCCGCUUUCUCUCCGUCUUCGAUUUCUUCUUUAUCAUCAUCAUCCUCCUCUCCGUCUGUCAUCACAUCUGCCUCAUCUGUGCUCACACCCGGGCCCCUGGUGGCCCCUGGAGCCGGUGUCCAGGGUCAUCAUCAUCAUCAUCAUCAUCAGCAGCAGUUUUUGCACAUCCUGCACCCUGUGCCUCCGCCACCCUCCAGCCCCUUGAACCUGGGAGGGGUACAGGGCAUAGGAGGAGGAGUAGGGGGAAAGAUGGAGGCCCACCACCUGCAUCGUAUCCCUGUAGUGGUACAGUCAUUGCCCCUCAUGUACACCACAGCCGUGCGCUCGCCCUCCAGCCUCCACAACAAUGCCAUCAUGCUACCUCUGCUGGACAAUCAUAAGAGCCACCAUAGCAAAGCAUACACAGACCACAACAGCUUAUCGCCGCGGCACAUCAAGAGUGACAGUGACGAUGAUGACCUGCCCAAUGUCACCCUGGACAGUGUCAUCGAGACCGGAUCUACUGCUCUGUCUAUAGCACGCGCCGUACAGGAUUCCAUGUCACCAUUCAGUAUUGAGAGCAUACGGCGCCCCCAGAGGUCAGAGUCGCCAGACUCCAAGAAGAGACGCAUCCACAGGUGUGACUUUGAGGGCUGCAAUAAGGUCUACACCAAGAGCUCCCAUCUAAAAGCACACCGGAGGACGCACACAGGUGAGAAGCCAUACAAAUGCACCUGGGAUGGCUGCACGUGGAAGUUCGCCCGCUCUGACGAGCUGACUCGCCACUACCGGAAACACACAGGCAUCAAGCCCUUCAAGUGUGCAGACUGUGACCGCAGCUUCUCCCGUUCGGACCACCUGGCCCUGCACCGACGGAGACACAUGCUGGUGUGAGACAGUUUCAGGGUGAUGAUGUCAUCAGAUGAAGCAGAAACACACAUUUACACACACACACACACACACACACACACACACACACACACACACACACACACACACACACACACACACACACACACACACACACACACACACACACACACACACACACACACACACACACACACACAUUGCCGCAGGGGGGAGCGGGGUCUCUCCCUCAAUGUGGUUCAGCCGGACUGGACACACACUGUUGUCUGUCCGUGAGGCAGUGGGAAGAGAGGAGCGAAAAGCACAGAAUGGUGUCUGUCUGUCCACAGAGCAAAAAAAAAACAGGGUCGGUUCUGGAUCCUCACUGACUGAGGACGGUUGGAACCGGAGAAGGCUCUUUUGUUGUCAUUUUGGAGCUUGGAGUUUUUACGACAAUCUGUCUUUUUUCCUAGCACUGUUCUUAAAUGGUUUCACUUCUGAGUUUUUUUGGAGGAUGUUCUUUGUUCAUUUGGAAGGAAUUUGGUGUCUUUGUUUUGGUUGUAAUUGUUCAAAAUGGCUGCUUUUCUAGCGUCUAUAAUGUGAAAGAACUCUAUGGAUUGGAUGGCUGGAUGAAUGGAUGGAAGGGCUGUAUGCAUGUGUUUUGAAGCAUAGGGCCUUGGAUUGGACAAUGGAAUAAAAAGACACAGAUUCCAAUUUGCCUAUGGAAAGUAUUGUUGCACAGUUCCCGCCGUAUAGCAGCUUCCUGCAUCUCUGUGUUUCAGGACAACCCGUCACCAGAGGGUGCCAUCCACACAUAGGUUGUACCUAUAAAAACUGGUUUGAGUGUUCUAGAAUCAGUAUUGUAGAAUAAGUUCUAGUACCAGUGUUCUAGAUUAAGAAGCAUCCGGAGCAUCUCAAUGGACCAGUGAUAUAGAUGCAGAGUUGUUUUUGCUAUUUGUUGUGUUUUUCAUUCAGUGGAUCUUGUUAACACACGAGAUCGACCCAACCACAUUGAGGCUCAUCACCUUGAGCCUUUUUCUUUAAAAAACUUUAUUGGUGCAUUUUGUGCAGUGAUUAGCAAUCAGUAAAGUGCAAUCUCAUUGGGUAAAUAUAGUUUUAAUAUGGAGACUUUUAUUGUUUUUAGUUUAUUGUAUCUUGCUGUGUAUGCCUGCUUUUGAUACAUUUCACAACGAAACAUCAAUCCCCACCCCAAUGUACAAUGGAAAAUCUAAUGAACAUAUCCGGUAUGUGAAAACAACUUUGAAGCACCUUACAGAUUCACACAUAUUCCAUAAUAUUCAAGGAUUUUGUUUCAUAUCCCUGGUAUUUUCAGUGAAAGGGAUUGGCAUUGUGAUCAUUUGUGUGUUAGUAGUCUAUAGGUAAUGCAUAUUUGCUUCAGUUCAGAGGGCUUACCCGACACUCGGUUACUCUAGUUCAAUUGGAAAGCAAUACAUUCAGAACAGGGAAAUGUUGUUCUUGUAUCCUUGGUCUGGUUGCUGAUACCCAAAAUGACCCUAAAUUCCUCUGUUACAGAUAUAUUUCUACCAGUGCCACUUCGUACUCUAUACUACAAAUGUCUAUAUUUCUACUGGGUUUGUAACUACAGCACAAAGGUUCUAGGCAAGCAGUUUGUAAACAGUUUGGAAAAGUUUGGAAAAUAUCACAUUAAGGAUGGGUGGUUGAGGAGGAACAGGUUUUUAAAAAUGUAUUCAUGAACAGACCUAUAUGUUUGUCAAACUUGGAACAAAAUCUCCCCUUCUCUUUUCUACAUACUGUAGUACACGAUGCACACAGACAGUUGGCCCUGUAGCUUUGUCUUUUUUAGUCAUACAUACACCAAACAUGAUGUGAGGUCUUCAGAUCCAGCUUCAGGUCUACCUUUUCUUGCAAUUUGUCUUGCAUGUCCCUCAAUGACAGAUAUCCAUAUUACGGUUUCUACUGUCUCAUCUACCAUAUCUCAGAGUAAAGGGUUAUUCAACCCAAAAAAACAUAUUUUGAUCAGUCUCUGUACAUGGAUCAAAAAGAGAUCUACGGCAAUAUAGAGAUUUUUAUAUAGCCGUAGAUUUACAGCUGUAGGCCUUACAAAAGUAUUCAGACCCCUUGGAUUUCUUCAAAUUUAUUGUGUUACAAAGUCGAAUUAAAAUGGAUUUAAUUGCAAUUUUUUUUGUCAACCAUAUACAUACAAAACUUUGUAAUGUCAUGUUUUUAUUAAUAAAAUUAAAUAUAGUCAUUGCAUAAGUUUUCAACCCCUUUUGUUUAGGCAAGCCUAAAUUAGUUCAGGAGUAGAGUUUGGCUUAACAAAUCACAUGUACAUGGACUCACUCUAUGUGAAAUAAUAGGGUUUGACAUGAUUUCUAAAGGACUAACCCUUCCUCUGUCCCCCAUACAACAUCUGUAUUGUCCCUCGGACAAGUAUUGUAUUUAAAGCACAUAUUCAACUACAAAGUCCAGGGAGAUUUUCGAAAGCCUCAUUUGUAGGUGGGUAAUAAUAACAAAUCAGACAUGGACUAUCUCUUUAAGCAUGGUCUAGUUAAUAAUUAUGCUGUGCAUCAUGUAUUACACCACCUAGGCACCUCAAAGAAAAAGUAAUUAUUCUGAACUGAGCUGCAGGACGGGAAUGAAACUACUCAGGUAUCUAACCAUCAGACCAUUGCAGAUUUUAAAACAGCUACGGAGUUUAAUGGCUGUGAUGGGAGAGAACUGAGGAUGGAUCAAAUCAAAUUGUAUUGGUCACAUACACAUAUUUAGCAGAUGAUCAACAACAUUGUAGUGACUCCAAAAAAAUGACCUAAAUGAUAGAGUGAAAAGAUUAACACAAAUAUACAAAAUAAUGUAAUGCUGCAAAAAAACACUGCAAAAGAAUACACUUUUUGGCCUAAAUGCAAAGCCCUAUUUUGGGCAAAUCCAAGACAACACACCAGUAACUGUCUCCUUAUUUUCAAGCUUGGUCGUGGCUGAAUCAUGGGAUAGGGAUAUAGAAAGAAAUGGGAUAGGGCUAUACACAGUCAAAAUCCUGGAGCAAAACCUUCUUCAGUCUGCUUUACACCAGCCACUGGAAUUCACCUUUCAGCAGCACAAAAACCUACAACACAAGGCCAAAUCUACACUGGACUUGCUUACCAAGAAAACAGUGUUUGUUCCUAAGUGGCCAAGUUACAGUUUUGACUUUAAUCUGCUUGAAAUAGUAAGGCAUGAUUUGAAAAUUGCUGACUAGCAUUUUGAACAUAAUAAUUGGCAAAUAUUGCACAAUCCAGGUGUGCAAAGCUCUUAGAGACUUGCCCAAGAAGACUCGCAGCUGUAGUUGUUGUCAAAUGUGUUUUUUUAUGGACUCAGGGAGCUGAAUACGUACGCAACAACUAUAUUUCCUUUAUUUCUUUUGAACAAUAAAAUAAAUAAAUAUAUCUUCCACUUUGACAUUGCAGAGUAUUUUGUGUAGAUUGUUGAGAAAAUGAAUACAAUUCAUCAAUUUUAAUCCCACUUUGUAACGCAAUAAAAUGUGAAUAAAUCCAAGGGAUCUCAAUACUUUUGAAAGCACUGUAACUGGGGUAUUCUAAAAAUGUAAAUAUGGCAUCAACCACUUUGUUUUGCAGGUUGUUUGACGUCAACUUUAAAUUACCAAUUUAUCCGGCCGGUUGGAAAUAGACGCCUAUGGACAUACAAAUAACACUACAUAAAUCUUUCUGAGAUAUAUGAAAGCAAUAUUGUCAGCUUUUCCUAUCAGCGAAUUUAUCAGAUUUCACUUUUUGCAAUUAUGUGACACAGAUCUGAUGGUGUUUAUCAUUAUCAAAGCCGUUCAUAACAGAAUCUCACAUGUAUGAUAACUGUAUUUGUUCAAAGUAUUUUUACAACUUUUGCAUUUUAUACACAGAGGUUUUAGCUGGAUCCCCGCUUACAGUUUCAGGAGCACAUUUCAGAAGGCCAGAAUUUGCUCAGUGACUUUAAUAACACACACAGACACACCAGCGUAGUGGUCCUGUACUAGAAUUCAAAACCACAUCCUUACCUGAAACAAAAAUGUAUUUUGCAGAAACAUGCCCAAUUCGUCUCUUUCCCUUUUGGUAUUAUGAACUAUUAUAAUAUAUGUAAUAUUAUGUUGCUACAGUAUAUUUUGUUUGUGUACAUGUGAAUAUUUACAAUUGUAUUGCCUUUUUGGGCUCAAGCAUAUCAUCAGCACCUUGUUUGUUAUGAAGUAUAGUUUUUAAAUGAAUUCAUUUGAAAUGUUAAAUCCAUUGAUACAUAUGAAUAAUUAUCAACAUGUUUUAUUAUUCAUAUACUGUACUUUUCUGAAAUGAGGGGCACUUCAUCUUGCAUAUAACAAUUUCUGUAAAAAAAAUAUAUAUUUUGAAAUGUUGUAAAAUAUGUGAUAGUGGAAAUAAAUAAAAAGUAUAACUCAGUUCUACAGUCUGUAUAUACAUACAAAAAUAGGGCUUUUCAUUAUUAGACAAUAUCAAAUACAUUUAUACAUGUAAAGUAUUUUUCGGAGACACUCAUUUAUCUGAUUUGAUAUGCAGUACAAUGGAGCUAUUGAUAAUAAACAAUGUAUUAUCUAAAAUACUCAUAUAAAUGAUCAAACGUGGUGUCAGAAAUUUGCCAUUUAGCAUUUUGGUUUGUGAUUGUCUUCUUUCUCAAAACAAGAGAAGGUUUCCAUAUAAAUAUUGUCAAACAUUUUAUCAGAUAACUGCUGUAUAGAUCAAACCCAAAUACGUUAUUCUCCACCCAGCCAUGUUCAAUUGAACAAUCUUACAAUUAGAAGUGCAGAUUCAUAUCAACAUUAUAUCAAACUAUUUUAUUCAGGGUUUAAUUCACAAUAGCAUAGUUAUUUUUAUUUUUUUAACUUCACUUGAAAGUUAACUAAUAUUUUGCAUGUGUACACAGGCUUAUUGUAUGCAUGCAAUACCACUCCCCUUUAGCAUUAUGAAAACCUUUUACAAGCAUCCUUUUGUAAUGGUAAGCAGGGUGAAACUUAUGCAAUAAUGAAUUAGUGCCUCCUAUCACAGCAAAUCUCUGAAAAGCAUCCACUUAAAAACUAUUUCACAACUAUAGCAUCCACUUGAAACUAUAUGUCAUAUUAAUUCAAAUAAUAGACCUUUGAAUUGAUACUCAGCCAGAGAAGUAUUCGUAAAAAAUAAAAGCACAUCAACUCUGAAACCAUUAUGCAAACAGGCCACCUCCCAUUUUCAGUUUAUAUUCAAUGCACUGAGCCUUACCACAUUGUUUCAAUACAGUAUCCCCAUACCAGCCUUUUACAUGCUGUAUUAAUCUCCCAUGGAAGCUGAAUAUGAUUUGUAUGGAUGCAUUUUCUUGAAAACCUCGCUUAAAGAAUUGAAUUAUUUUAUCGUCAUCAUAUCAUUUGGGUUUUGACCUCUCUGAUACUGGUUAUUCGUGCAACUACUUUCAUUUUUUCAUAAUCAUAUUGCAGCAUGCAAAAGCACAGAAGAGCCAUUUGAUAUAAUUGAUUUUACACAGUGUUGAAUGUAUUUUGGUUCACAGGGAAAGCUCUAUUGAAUGUGUAAAAGCCGGAAUACCAACCCUUGGGGAGCACCCUGUGAAAUAAUUUUGAUUACACUUAUAUCUGUAUGCGUUCAAUAUUAAUUUAAUUUCCGUUUAAAUUAUGUGUUUCUUUUUUCUGCUUUUGAAUAAUUAUUUAGUGAUGCGAAUGCCUUUGUUUCAAGCUUACUGCUAUUAUGUACAGUAAUUGUUGUUCCUGUAUUUAUGUAUAGUGCCUGUAUUGUAAAUUUAUUCAGAGCUUUUCAUUCUUACAGUAAAGUUGAGUUACUGCCCCACAAUGUUUCAAAGGGAGACCCUAGUUCAAGGAAUUCUACGAACAGAUUUGGAAUCCCAAUGUUUUUCAAAGGUAAAAAUAACAAGUGUUUUUUUCAUUCUUUUUCUUUCUUCUGUUCUUUCUUUUCUGUUCUUCAAAAGUUGUCUAAAUAUUCUGUCAAUAUUCUUGAUAUGGAUGGAGCUGUGAAAUGAAACCGAGUUCAAACAUAAUGUAUAUUAAUAUGAAUGGAGGCAUGAAGGUUAAUAAAGUUACAUUUUGUAUGUAA